GAUUGACUUUGAGUUUUAUAUGCGCCAAAUGGAGUCAAUCAAACCAAGAAUUCGUGAAUAUCUUCUUCAAGUUGGAUAUGAGAAAUGGGCUAGAUCAUAUUCUACUAGAAGAAGAUACACCAUUAUGACCUCAAAUAUAUCUGAAAGCUUAAAUUCUGUUUGGAAAGAAGCUAGAGACUUUCCUGUUGUAGCUUUAUUGGAAAAUUUAAGGCAAAAGGUUCAAAAUUGGUUUGAUACACGUCGUUUGGAAGCAGCAAGCACAUUUACAAGGUUGUCAAAAUGGGCAGAAGACCAGCUUGUUGAGCAAAAUCGUCUAGGUAGAACUAUGAAUGUAUACUCUGUUGGUCAUCAAAUUUACCAAGUUGUUGAUGGUAACUUAGAAUUUGUUGUUGAAAUUCUAAAGCGCAGUUGCACUUGUUGCAAGUGGGACUUAGAUGAAAUCCCUUGCUCGCAUGCAUGUGCUGCCAUAAGAAAAGCAAACUUGUGCCAUUAUACUUAUGUCUCUGACUUUUACAUGAAGGAUGCUUUUGUGAGCACAUAUAAUGGAAUAAUCCAUCCAGUGGGAAGUCAAAAGUUUUGGGAUAUUCCUGAUAUUGUCAAAGAUCAUGUUGUGCUGCCACCCAUUGUAAGGAGAAGAGCUGGCAGACCAAAAAAGAAGAGGAUUCCUUCGGCUGGUGAAAAAAGGAGGCAAAUCAAGUGUGGUAGGUGCAAUGAAAAUGGACACAAUCGUAAAAGAUGUAGAAAUGCUAUUCAUGUGAAGAUGAAAUCUAUGAAGAGGCUGAAAUCUUGUGUUCAUCCUCAAUAAACAUUCACUUUAGUUUUACCACUUUUAGUUUACUAUUUGUUGGAUUUGGAACAUCAGGAUGUUUUCCACUAAUAAUUUGGGUAUAUUCAAUUGGUUAUAGGUCAUGUUAGAAAUAUGAGUGUGUUCAAUUAAUUGAUGACAUUUAUCUUUGAAAGUGUUAUAUCUCAAUUAGAUUUGAUGUUUCAAAUACAUUAUGGUAUCUUCUGUAAUCAAAUUUAAAAUGGUAUAUAAGUUUAAAAGUAUAUUUGUUUUUUGAACUAUUGUAUA